AAGGGAAGGAGGGAGGGAAUCAGGUGGUGGAGAGGAGGAGGAAGAGCAGCCUUGCGGAAGUGGAGGGAGGUGCUGAAUGGAGACAAAACUGAGAUGGAAACAAACAAUCCUUGUGCCCUCUGGCACCUGUUUCCAAGCAAUGACCUCAAAGGCCAAGAAGCGGGUGGUUCUACCCACACGCCCUGAGCCCCCCAACGCAGAACAGAUUCUUGAAGAUGUCCAGCGUGCCCAGCCCAAUGACCCCGUUUUUGUCCUCCUGGUGGAGCCCAAUGAAGAUUUGCCCACUCCAACAAAGAAUGAAGACCCAGAGGCCAAGAGGGAACGCCUCUACCGGCUGACCCAGUCCUACGUGGAGAUGAACCACCGCCUCCAGAAGGCCUGCAGUUUGCUCAAAGAGAAGUGUGAGGAGCUGAAACUGGCUGGGGCUACUCUGGAGCAGGGCAUCUUAGAGAUGAAGCAAAGGGCUUUGUGAGAUACGUUUUGAGAAGCGACCACAGCAAAGUCGACCCACGUCCCCUGCAGGAUCAUGCCAUGCUUGAACUAAAGACUCGCAAUUGUGAUGUGAUUUCAGCAUGCCUACGCUACACAUCUCAAACACCGUCUGUGUUUUCGGUUCUGUGAAUGUGUGUCAAAACCAGUUGCCCGCUGCAAGCCUCUCGAGGGCCUGAAUCUCUUCGCUGUGCUCACUUGGAGAUGCCCAGUUGUGCAGUUAGCCUUCCUUUUAUUUUUUCGGCCCCAGAUUCACUGCUGCUCUUACUUCUGCAGCGAUCCAUUGGCCCUUGUUUUGUUUUCUCCAUACAGACGUUUAGAACAAAACACCUCUCUUGGGGAAAGCCAAGGGGAAGUUUCCACAGAGUUCACAUACUGAGAUAGGCUGGGACAAGUGGACUUUGUGGGUAGGGGGGCGGGGUGAGAAAAUCACCACUCACCCCUGGGGGCAGUUGCUCUAGUUUUAUGCCAUGACAUCUUUGUUUCAAUAUGAUUUCUCCCUCUGGUAUUGCCUGGAUGACGAUCCCAUUGCCACUGCCAUCCGCGAGAUGCUGGCCGAGGACGGCUUCUGUGGCUACGUUGAACAUCAGGACCACGUGGCCGGGAAGCCGGUUUUGGCCUCCGUGAAUGAGAUCAUCCAAAGCAGCCGACUUGCCAUCGUCCUCUUGACCCCCCAUUCAGUGACUGACCCUUGGUGCCAGCGCAUCUUGGAAUGGAACCUGGUCCAUUCCAUACACCAGAAGGGGGCGAAAGUCAUCCCAGUUUAUGUGGAUGUCACCCAGGAACAAAUGCCCCCAGCUCUGAGACACCUGACCGGACUCAGAUACAGCGAGAGAUACUUUAGGCGGCGGCUGCUUGACAGCUUGCGGAAGAUGAGAGCCAGGACACCGUCGUCCUCCAGCACGCCCGGGGCUAAAAGCAACGUUGGCUUCUGAUGGACUUGAGAAGUGAACUGGGGGGGCAGGGGGGGAGAUGGCCAAGGCGGCUUGGUCAUGACAUUUGGACCAUCACCAGAAGUGUAUCAGAUUCAUUUUGGUGUUUGACAUAGGCCCCAUUGUGUUGUGGGUGAUAAACGUAAAUGGAUCCCCGUAGUAGUAGUACUAGCACCUCGAGCUGACCUGUAAAGGCCUUUAAAACCUUUAGCUGUUUGGGAAGAGAGGAAGGGUUGGGGAGGGGGGCGUUGUUCGUUGUUUGUCUGCUACUAAGGAGUGAGGGCUGGUAUUGAAAGUAAAGCCAGGUUCCUAAGACUGCUGGUUGUGAUACUUGACUUAAUUUAAGGAGCUCUUAUUAAAAAGCUGUUUUUGGACAA